AUGUAUCUUCGCGCCGUUCACGCCGAACCGUCCAUCUCAGCCUUGAAGGCCUUCCUCGCCACCAACCCCCUCGGCCUCCUCACCACCGCUCUCACCUCGUCAGACCCAACCAUCCACUUCCUCCAGACCAGCCACAUUCCCUGGGUCCUCGACGACCCCAAUCCUUCCGACUCCUCUCUACCCACUCUGCGCGGCCAUAUCGCACGCCAAAACCCUCACGCCAAAGUCUUUAUCGAACAUGCCGCCUCUGCCUCGCCAAAUACACCCUUCACCCUCUCACAAGAAGUGAUGGUGCUCUUCAAUGCACCACACCACUCCUACGUAACCCCUAAAUUCUACACAAAAUCAAAGCCUGAGAGCGGAAAAGUUGUCCCGACAUGGAACUACGCGUCAGCACAAGUCUACGGCACCGCAACAGUGUACACGGAUUCAAAAGCAGAGUCCACGAUCAAGUUCCUGGACAAACAAAUCAGGGAUUUGAGCAACAAGGCCGAGACUGAGGUUAUGGCACACGAGAAGCCAUGGAAAGUGGAAGAUGCACCGGAGAGAUAUAUCGAACUGUUGAGGAAGAAUAUUAUUGGGAUUGAGAUCAAAGUGACCAGUUUGGGCGGAAAGUACAAGAUGAGUCAGGAGAUGGGGGAGGAGGAUCGAGAGGGUGUGGCUCAAGGUUUUGAGGGUAUGCAGACCGAAACUGGAGAUUGGAUCGCAAAGACGGUCAGAGAACGUGGUUCGCGAAAGUAA